GCUGUAGAUGUGUAUUCCGGAAGGCUCGACACUCUCAAAUCGCCUUAUGGUUGUUUAGACAUAAAAGGGGUUUCUAUGUCGGUGGGAGUUUUCUUCCAUUCAACAAACCUGCGAAGAAGGUAUCGUUACGGAUUUUUCUUUUUACCGAACGUAAUUUGCCACCCAAAAAGACGCCAGGAUUUACUCUCAUUUAAGAUACUUUUUCCCCGAUUCUGUGAUAAAGGUGAUACUCUCCUCCUGUUACAACUGUAUCUUCUCAGCUGGUUGGUUUGAAGAGAGGAAGCAACGAUGCCGAAACCGAUCAAUGUUCGUGUGACCACCAUGGAUGCAGAGCUGGAGUUUGCAAUUCAGCCAAACACCACUGGAAAGCAGCUUUUUGAUCAGGUGGUGAAGACAGUGGGGCUACGGGAGGUCUGGUUUUUUGGCCUCCAGUAUGUGGACAGUAAGGGCUACAUCACUUGGCUAAAACUUAAUAAAAAGGUGACUCAGCAGGAUGUAAAGAAAGAGAAUCCACUGCAGUUCAAGUUCCGAGCAAAGUUCUUCCCUGAGGACGUUUCAGAAGAGCUCAUCCAAGAAAUCACCCAAAGACUUUUCUUCCUUCAGGUGAAGGACGUCAUACUGAAUGAUGAAAACUAUUGUCCCCCAGAAACGGCAGUGUUGCUCGCCUCAUAUUCUGUCCAGGCCAAAUAUGGAGACUACAACAAGGAUGUACACAAGCAUGGCUACCUGACACAUGACCGACUGCUGCCUCAGAGAGUGCUGGAACAGCACAAACUAACAAAGGAACAGUGGGAGGACAGGAUCCAGACUUGGCAUGAGGAACACAGAGCAAUGCUAAGAGAGGACUCAAUGAUGGAGUAUUUAAAAAUAGCCCAGGACCUGGAGAUGUACGGAGUCAACUACUUUGAAAUAAAAAACAAGAAGGGCACACAGCUCUGGCUGGGGGUGGAUGCACUUGGCCUUAACAUCUAUGAGCAUGAAGACAAGUUGACACCAAAGAUUGGCUUUCCCUGGAGUGAGAUUCGAAACAUUUCCUUUAACGACAAGAAGUUUACUAUCAAACCCAUUGACAAGAAAGCACCAGACUUUGUGUUUUACGCUCCACGACUGCGCAUCAACAAGCGCAUCUUGGCGCUAUGUAUGGGUAACCAUGAGCUAUACAUGAGGAGAAGGAAGCCUGACACAAUCGAGGUGCAGCAGAUGAAGGCUCAGGCUCGAGAGGAGAAGCAUCAAAAACAGAUGGAGAGGACCCAGCUGGAGAACGAGAAGAAGAAGCGUGAAGCUGCUGAGAAAGAAAAGGAAAGGAUUGAGCGUGAGAAAGAUGAACUCAUGGAGAGGCUAAGACAGAUUGAAGAGCAGACAGCGAGAGCCCAGAAAGAGCUUGAGGAGCAGACGCGCCGGGCUGUGGAGCUGGACCAAGAGAGAAGGAAGGCGCGGGAAGAGGCUGAGAGGUUGGACAAGGAGAGACAAGUAGCAGAGGAGGCUAAAGGCGAGCUGGCCAAACAGGCAGCAGACCAGCAGAAGAACCAGGAGCAACUGGCUGCAGAACUAGCUGAAUUCACAGCCAAGAUUGCUCUCCUGGAAGAUGCCAAGAAGAAGAAGGAGGACGAGGCCACAGAAUGGCAACACAAGGCUCUUUCAGCCCAGGAGGACCUAGAGAAGACCAAAGAGGAGCUGAAGACCGCCAUAAAUACGAUGCCCGCUUCGAUGGGUGGCCACUCAGAGAGCGAGCACGACGAGCAGGACGAAAACCACGCCGAGGCCAGUGCAGAGUUGUCCAAUGAAGGAGUCAGCCAGCUGGAUCUACGUAGUGAGGAGGCUCGUAUCACCGAAGCCCAGAAGAACGAGCGGGUCAAGAAGCAGCUCCAGACUUUAAGUUCUGAGUUGGCCGAAGCCAGAGAUGAAACCAAGAAGACUCAGAACGAUGUCCUGCACGCUGAAAACGUGAAAGCAGGACGUGACAAGUACAAAACACUGCGUCAGAUCCGGCAGGGCAACACCAAGCAGCGCAUCGAUGAGUUUGAAUCCAUGUGAAAAGAAGACCCCAACAUUCUUCAAAAUGGCUGCAUGCUUUCUCCAUGAUAACCGCUGUAGCCAUUGUUCACAUUGCCUCCAGCCCCCCAAACAAAAUGUUGACCUUUUCUCUUGUGUAAGCCUGCCAAAGUUGUGGUCUUAUUGGGAUGUCUAUACUAUGUGUAGGAUAGGACACUGUCACACCAAAGAGAAAUACACUGGGUUCUUUUUAAAUGAAUCCUUACACUGCUAAAGGUCAAUGAUCUCCUCUUCAAUUCAGUAUCAUAGUUCUUUUGUGUGGUCCACUUUUGCUUCAUUUUAUCACUAACAUGUUGUUUUUAGUCCAAUCCUACACUUAAGGGGUAAGAAACCAUGCCCUAUUGUCAUUCAUGUUUAAUUUAAAAUUGUACUCCAGUAUCUUGUUUUGUUACAAAAAGGAUUUCUAGAGUACAGUAGAUUUUCAGAUUUUGUUGGGGGAAAAGAGAGACACUCAAGACACAAGAGAGUCACUGUCAGGUGUUGAAUGAAUGUACCAGAGGUGACAAAGGGAAACUGUUACACUAAAAGCCCCCAGCUUGAAAGUGUCAACAAACAUAAGCUAGUUGAUCGUUGUAUCCCAGUGUUUUGUGGGCGGCUCCCAAAGUUGUUCAAAGUGGUGGUUUCAGCAAGUGAAAAUGUGGAAUGUGUAAGGCCUGGUAGAAAUCAUCAGUCUUGGUGAUGUUUGAUGACAUGCGCCAACCAUAUCCUCACAAAAAUGUGGAAGAGGACCUCCAGCUUUGCUUGAGACAAGGUGGACACAUUUAUUGUAAUAUGUUACAUUUACAAAGUGGGAAUAUUUGCAUUUGGACCUGUUGUAUGCUUUGUGUGUACCUGUGGGAACAGAAGGUAUUAAACAAAACCUACUGCUUGUAUGAGUUCAAGAUAUCCUUUGUUCAAACAAAGUGAUGUAGAAAUGAAUUAACAGGAAGAGGAACAUUUUUAUUUCUAAAUUAACAGUAUAUUGCGGUAUUGUAAACAAUCACUACGUGUAUUUGUUAUGCUAUACUUGACAGCUUUUUUUUUUUUAAUGUUUUAAACCAAUUGCCUGCCGUUUGUGUUUAAAGUGUUUGCCAUAGCAGGAAAAAUAGUGCUUCCAAGACCAUUUUUGACUUGCAUUCACAAAGCUUAAACCUGCAAGUCAUUUACUUGGAAAUGGGCCACUCCACUUGACUUGAGGUACUUCUUUCUUGGCCUUGCCCAACUAAGCCAGCUUCUUUGUAAUUCUGGCACCAGCUUUCAUAGUUUGCUGUUCAUUUCUGAGUCUAUAUGUUAGCAUUGGUACAUGGUUUGCAUAACUUUGGGUCAGAUCACCAAUAAAAUAUUUUAAACAUAA